AUGAUUGAGAAUCUGAAGCAAGCGCUUGAAAGAAUAGCUGAGCUUGAAAGAAAGAUUGAAAGCCAAGAGAUAGUGAUCAGUGCACUUGUUGCUGAAGUAAAAAAAGUCAAAGAAACAGAAGAUUCUAGUAAACAGCAGGAGCGUUCAGAAUGCAAAAAUAUUAUUUCAGAAUGCUUGGAAAAAAAUGAGUACUACUGCGAAAGCAAAGCUGAAAAUGAGUACAUAAAGAAAAUGGACGAUAGGAAUGUGUCUUUUGAGGAAGAUGUUGAAGGCAUAUUCAAAUCAAAAAAAGCACAAAAACCUUUUAAAGAAGCAUUUACGGUUGAUUCAUUCAUAGCAUAUUGCAGAGAUAUGCAUUCUUUUGGAUUGAUUAGUAGAUCAGAUGGGAAGUCAAAGAAAAUGUUUCGCUGCUGCAUCAAGCAGUAUGUUGAAAAGGUUACUAGACAUCUGAUGGUGAACCUAAACGUGUAUGAUCUGAACACUCUAUGUUCGGCAUUUAAUCUUCUUUGCGCAGAGAUGGAAUACAACCACAAGCUUGUUAUUGCACAUGAUAUCAUUUUGCUGGUUGACGAUUUUUCAAGGAUGCCUUUUAUUGUUUCUGCGGUGUUUAACAACCAAGGGAUUCAUAGCGAUGUACUUGGAGAAACGGUGUCGAACAUUGUGAUGCAUCAAUGUGACAUUGAUAGUGAGAUGUAUUCAGACAGUCCGAAUCUCGUCAGAUACUAUGCCAGGAUAUCUGCAAAUUUCGGCAAUCAUACAGAUGUAAAGCCUCUAGGAGAUAUAUGUAGCGAUUUGAUUGGUGAUAUACAUGCAUUUGAAGAUGGCGAGAUCAAUGAAGCGAUAUUUCCGCGGAUGUAUUCUAUUAGAGCUUUGUGUCACUAUAUGGACUGGGAUUACUCUUACAAUGAGUUUGUGUGUGGAGUAUUAUAUCCCAGGCUAGUGGAGAGGCAGGAGGCAUUAUGUGCUGUUUAUAUGUUUUCAGUGGUGUUUAAUGCAUUAAGGGUAUUCGGAGAAGUUGAAAGCGUGAAGAUGUCGCUCGAGAAAUUGAAGGGGAUGAUACAUGAUGACUCUGAGCUUUCUGCAGUUUGUUAUAUGUUUGUUAAGCAAAUUGAUCCUGACUGUGCGGAGCAGUGGUUUAGAAUGCAUGGAGAUAGAGUAAAAAGCGUAAGUGCCAAGUAUUUAAAGGAUGUACUGAUAUAUUGA